CAUUAUUUUCUACAUGUUGCCCUGUUGGGAAAUUGGCCGACUUGCGAGUUGUUUUUAUAGUCAUUUUUCCAAUUAGCUCAUAGGUUGCUUGUUGCACAUACUUAACUCGCAUCACAUACGUAUAGAAUAUGCUAAGAGAAUUGUGAUAAAUCAUAUUCAGGUUCCAUUGAAAUUUCAUUUGUUUAGGAUUAAAAAUGCUAUCGCGAAAAAGUAAGGAUAAAAGUUUAAAAGAAGGAGUUGUGGGCAGAUACGUGAAGAAGAAUACGCCGUCUGAGAUUCCAGUUAUAAAUGUUUGGUCAUCCGAUGACAGCAAAAAUAAAGGCAAAAAUCGGCGUAAUAGCCAGCAACUGAACACACAGAAAACUGAACAGAUUGGAACUAAAGAGAAAUUUGGUAAUACUAAAAUCAGCACAAAAGCGAACACGCUGAGCCAAAUUCGUAAAUACACGCCUAACCUAUCUGUCCAGAGCCUAACACAACGCCAUGAACGCCUUCCAGGCAACAUAUACAGUCCUGAGUCUGGAUCCAGUAGUGGACACAAUCAUAAAUUCCAAAACAUGCCAUCUACAUCAGAUGCUGCCGACAUCUUCCCCUCACGACGUCCUUCGUCACAAUCGACAAUGUCGAUACCUACAAACGCCUCAAUGAUGGGCGGCAAUAAUAACAUAAAUAGUAAUAGUAACUACGUAAAUAUAGAACAAAUCGAUCGAAUGCGACAUCAAUCCGAACAAUUAUACAGCAACUCAUAUCAUCCAUCCGUCGAGAAUUUCAAUCGCAGUCAUUCGAUCAAUCAAAACCACCCGCAUACGUAUGAAAUUAAUACAGGCGGUGCCUACGGUGCUGAACAGUACGGAGCGCAUUAUAGUAAUGCAGCUGCAGCAAAAAAGACUGGACGAAAUCCAUCACCGAUGUCUUCGACGACAUCGUCACUGGGACAUUCACAGCAAACGAUUAUGCAAUCAUCCAGUGGUUACAGUUCAGAAGUAUCGCCUAUUUAUGAAAACCAGUCCCAGAUUUCUGCCCAACUCGCUGCAAGUGGUCGAUCCGAAUCUCCCAUUUACUGUAAUACCAGUUCGAAUCAUUUAUCUGCUGCAUAUCAAAACAAUGAUCGUUACGGAUCUCACAGUUCACACCAGUCUGUAUACUCAAACAUGCCAACAGAGAAUCCCACAAGAAGUUAUCAGCAUCUGGGUCAAAAUGUAGCACUGAUGCCUGCAAAAAUUCCCCUGUAUCAACCGCUGAGGAACUACGAAGCGGUCGGAAUGACCUUUGGUGAACAUCUUGUUCACAACGCCCGCCAUCAAGUUAUACCUCAUGUGCCUUCUCAGCAAUCAAUGGACGAGGAACUUCCGUUGCCACCUGGCUGGGCAGCUUACUACACUUUGCGUGGACGGAAGUAUUACAUUGAUCAUAAUGCUCAAACCACGCAUUGGUCCCAUCCCCUGGAACGGGAAGGUUUGCCAAUUGGUUGGCAGAAAAUCGUUUCACCACAACAUGGAAUUUAUUACUAUAAUUAUAUUAACCGACAAUCACAAAGGAAUCAUCCCUGCUUAACAUCAUGUUACCUCUACACUUCAACGGAACCACCGAAUGCGAUUCUCCCAGAACCACAGCCACCUCAAUAUAGUCCUCAUAGUGCACUAGUUCCUGCUAAUCCAUAUUUAUUGGAAAAGAUACCAGAGUGGCUUAUUGUAUAUUUCCACGCUGAUCCAUCUAAAGAUCACAUCUUAAAAUUCAACAUGUUCGGACUGCAAAAGCUUGAAUGUUUCGACGCCAUGUUUUUGAAACUCUACAAGCAAGAACUCUUCAGCAUUGUCGGCGCCUACGAGAUGUAUCGACGAGCGCUAACAAUUGAAAUAAAUCGACGCAUUGAACAAAGCCGCUUACAGCAACAACACCAACAACAACAGCAGCAACAGCAACAAUUGGGCCCUUAGUAAAUAAAGUCACACAAAGCGAAAAGAUAUUUUUUAAGGGAACAUUUGAACAUUGUGAUUUUCAAAAGAGGAAUAACGGUAUCCUAGUAUUUCAUUUAGAUAUAAAUAUCGUUCUCGCAUAGUAAUUAUCAUUUUUUACAUCAAACAUAUACACAUAUAUCGUCAGUAUCAUGAAUAUCUAUAUUUAGCCCAGUAAGCGAACAACAACCUUCUUGACGAAUUUCCUAAUUAAAUUAAAAUUGCGAAAAUCAAUUUUUAGACAAACGAUCGUGUGCCUUACGAGAUACGAACUUACAUUGGUGAUUUAUUGAUAAUACGUUGAUUAACUCGUGCGUGCAUAACAGACAUCGCGCUAACAUUUAUGCAAAAAGAAAGACGACUGUGUUAUUUUAUUAUAUUAAAAUAUAUUUUUUAUGGUAAAUUCACAUAUUAUAAUACGCUAGACAUCGUAAAAGUGAAAACAUCCACACGCUUGCUCUCUCACUCUCGCCCAAUGAUACUUUGUUAUAUUUGAUUUCAUUUGAUGAUUUUUUUUAAACGAAACAUUUCAAUUAUUUAUGAAAAGGGUUUAUGAUUAAAAAUUCGGUAUGCCCCUGUUCAGAUAUUGAUUGGUUUGUGCCUGGAGUCAACACAUUUGUGAGAUGCUUGAAAUGAGUAAAAUUAUUUUGAUUCGCAAAAAUAAAAUUAUAUCAAAUGA